AUGCCUCUUUUCCACAAGUCCCACACCGAGAACGGUUACUCCGUCAAGCCAACUGCCAUUCCUGCUCCAGGAAACAACGCAUUCUUGUCGGACACCUUCACCUCUGAUGCCCCAACCGAUAAGCAAAUCUCUUGCGGUUUCUACAGACAGGAGGCUGGAGAGGCAUUGGUUUACCCUUACGACUAUGACGAGAUGAAGAUCAACGUCGAGGUCCACGGAAAGUUCACCAUCAGCGAUGAGACUGGAGCUUCCUACAACAUCACCCCUGGUGACACCCUCUACUUCCCAAAGGGAUGCACCAUCACCUUCAAGGUUGAGGGUACUGACACUGUUCCUGAGUCCGAGGCUUACGCUUUGAACUUCUUUUGCGGUCUGAGACCAAAUGGAGCUGCUUAA